AUGGAUGCCUUGCAAGAUGGAUCGGAGAGAGAUAAAACUCCUCCUCCUUCCUCUUCUUCUUCUUCCUCCUCUCCCAUUCCUGUCGUCACCAAUUUUUGGAAAGAAUUUGAUUUGGAGAAGGAGAAAAGUCUGCUUGACGAGCAAGGGCUUAGAAUAGCUGAGAAUCAAGAAAACAGCCAGAAGAAUCGGCGAAAACUUGCAGAGAGCACACGGGACUUCAAAAAAGCAUCGCCUGAGGACAAACUUAGCAUGUUUAAUUCCUUGCUCAAGGGAUAUCAAGAAGAAGUAGAUAAUAUUACCAAGAGGGCCAAGUUUGGGGAGAAUGCUUUCCUAAACAUCUAUCAGAAGCUUUAUGAAGCACCAGAUCCCUUUCCCGCCCUUGCUUCUAUUGCUGAGCAAGAUCGUAAGUUAUCUGAAGUGGAAUCUGAGAAUCGGAAAAUGAAAGUUGAACUUGAGGAAUUUAGGACAGAAGCGACUCAUCUGAAAAAUCAACAGGCCACAAUAAGGAGACUAGAAGAACGGAACCGCCAGCUUGAGCAGCAGAUGGAAGAAAAAAUCAAAGAGGUUGUUGAGAUCAAGCAACGAAAUUUGGCUGAGGAAAAUCAGAAAACGUUGGAGCUUUUAAAGGACAGGGAACAAGCUUUGCAAGAUCAGUUAAGGCAAGCAAAAGACAGCGUCUCCACCAUGCAAAAACUGCAUGAGCUAGCACAGAGCCAACUUUUUGAAAUCCGUGCUCAAUCAGAUGAAGAAACAGCGGCAAAGCAAUCUGAAGUUAGUCUAUUAAUGGAUGAAGUGGAGCGUGCUCAAACGCGACUGCUUACACUUGAGAGGGAAAAGGGGCAUCUGCGGUCUCAGCUGGACACAGCUAAUGAAGAUACUGAGAACAAGAAUAGUGAUAAUGUCGAUUCAAAUAGUAUGCUGGAGAAAUCUAUAAGUGCAAAAGAGAAGAUUAUUUCCGAGCUUAAUAUGGAGAUUCACAAUGUUGAGAUAGCUUUAGCAGAUGAGCGAGAACGUCAUGUUGCCGAGAUAAAGAAAUUGAAUUCGGUGCUCAGUAAGAAGGAUACUAUCAUUGAAGAGAUGAAGAAAGAGCUUCUGGAAAGACCAUCGGCAAAAUUGGUUGAUGAUCUGCGCAAAAAAGUGAAAAUUCUGCAGGCUGUAGGUUACAACUCAAUUGAGGCUGAGGACUGGGAUGCUGCUACCGCCGGUGAAGAGAUGAGCAGAAUGGAGUCGCUCCUUCUUGAUAAAAACAGAAAAAUGGAACAUGAGGUCACUCAAUUAAAGGUUCAACUUUCUGAGAAAACCUCCCUGCUGGAGAAGGCUGAAGCCAAGGGAGAAGAACUGACGGCUAAGGUUAACGAACAACAAAGACUGAUACAAAAGUUAGAGGAUGACAUAUUGAAGGGAUACAGUUCCAAAGAGCGAAAAGGGACUCUGUUUGAUGAGUGGGAGUUCUCAGAAACAGGUUCGACUGAGCAGUCUGAGCCUAUGGAUCAAAAACAUGUUCCCACAGAUCAAGAUCAAAGCUCAAUGCUGAAAGUUAUCUGCAGCCAAAGAGAUCGGUUCCGAGCAAGGUUGCGAGAAACAGAAGAGGAAAUAAGGCGGUUGAAAGAGAAGAUAGGGUUUCUCACAGACGAAUUGGAGAAGACCAAAGCCGAUAACGUCAAACUCUAUGGCAAAAUCCGUUAUGUCCAGGACUAUAACCACGAUAAAGUCGUUUCCCGAGGAUCCAAAAAGUAUGUGGAAGAUGUAGAAAGUGGAUUCAGCUCAGAUGUUGAAUCAAAGUACAAGAAAAUCUACGAGGAUGACAUCAACCCAUUUGCAGCAUUCUCGAAAAAGGAAAGAGAGCAACGGAUCAAAGAUUUAGGAAUCAGAGAUCGGAUUACGCUUAGCAGUGGCCGUUUCCUUCUAGGAAACAAAUAUGCGAGGACCUUUGCUUUCUUCUACACAAUAGGAUUGCAUGUACUUGUCUUCACUUGUCUCUACCGUAUGUCUGCUCUCAGCUAUCUCAGCCAUGGAGCUGAGGAGACUCCAGUGACAGAAACAACAACAAACCUCCCUCGCGGUUUUUAA